UUAACACUUUUCGUAAAUUAGCGCGUCCUUCCCCUAACGUCCUUCAAGAUAUAUCCAGAAAAAACUCAAGACUCCAAAAAUGCAUUUAGAUAUGAACAAACUUAGUCCAGAGAACUGGAUGUAUGGCAUGAGAUGGAGAGAGAUCAAACAUCAUAAAGGGAUGCAGGUUAUCUGGGCGUGUACAUUCCUGGGAGGAGCCCUUGCUGCCUGGUAUUUGUACAGACUGUCCACCAAAGCACCAGAUGUCUCAUGGAGGCAUACAGCCAAUCCCCAGCCCUGGGAAAAAAUGCCUCAGACUGUUCAGUACAAAUUUUACAGUCCACACAUCGACUUCAAGAAACGAGGGAUGUACCCUGAUCCAGCUAGACCAGACAUCGAUCUCCGCCCCCAUUAAAUUAUUAAGAUCUACAUCAAGUGUGUCAGGGAAAGAACAGACUUUACAAAUCUUUAGAUAUUUGUUUACUAUUCCUCAGAUAUUAAAAGAUGUGGAUAUUUCAAAAAGAUUUUGGAAUUAUAAUGAAUAAAUGUGUUUACUGAAACCGGU